UUUCUGAAUUCCUUAAUGGUGGCAGUGGUAGUGGUGAUGGUGAUUUCUACUUCCUUCCUCCUGUCCAUCAAUAUGGCAAUCUGGGAAUAGCAUCUCAUAUCAUAGUGACUAUUGAAGCCUCUGACGAUGCGCAUGGGGUCUUUGAGUUCAGUGCUGAAUCCCUCUCUCAAAGUGGAGUGGAGCCUGAAGAUGGAAGAGGAACCAUCACAUUUGAGGUUAUUAGACAUCAUGGUGCAUUGUCUCAGGUGACAUUAUAUUGGUUCAUAGUGCCAAAUGAUACUGAAGAUGUGACUGCCACAAGUGGCAACAUAACAUUCCACGUGGAGCAAAGAAAAGCAAAUUUAACUGUACAUAUUUUGCCUGAUGAAAUUCCAGAACUAGACAAGACAUUUUCAGUUUAUAUCAUUAAUGUUACACAUGGGCGGCUUGAUGUUCACACAAAUGCUACAUUGACUAUUCUUGCAAAUGAUGACCCAUACGGACUUUUGAUUUUCUCUGAAAAAAAUAGGCCAAUUAAAGUUGAGGAAGCAACCAAGAAUGUCACCCUAACAAUAGUAAGGUUGAAAGGUCAGUUAGGAGUGGUCAAGGUUACAUAUAGAACCAUGUAUGAUGAAGAUGACUCACUCUAUCUGCCAUCAAAUAUUGCAAGGGCAACAUUGGGGGAAGAUUAUCUGCCCAUUUCAGGAUUUGUAAUCCUUCCAGCCAACGAAAGUGAAGCUACACUACACCUCCCUAUUCUGGAUGAUGAUGAACCAGAGCAAUCUGAAUCUGUAUUUGUUGAGCUUCUUGGUGCUACUUUGAUAGGAGAAGUCAGUCAUCAGCCAAUUUCAGAUUCUCCUCGCCUUGGAUCUACCACUAAUACAAUUGCUCAUAUAAUUAUCAAUGCCAAUGAUGAUGCUUUUGGAACAUUACAGCUCUCUGCACCAGCUGUCCAAGUACCUGAAAAUUAUAUUGGACCAAUAAUCAAUGUCACAAGGACUGGAGGAAUCUUUGCAGAUGUUUCGGUGAAAUUUAGAGCAGUGCCAAUUACAGCAACUGCUGGUGAAGACUACAGUAUAGCUUCCUCAGAUGUUGUCUUACUAGAAGGAGAGACCAGCAAAGCUGUGCCAAUUUAUAUAAUUAAUGAUAUUAACCCUGAAACAGAGGAGUCCUUCCUUGUGCAGCUGCUCAAUCAGACAACAGGCGGAGCACUACUCGGGAGUCUAACUCAGGCAGUUAUAACUGUUGAGGCUUCGGAUGAUCCAUUUGGUUCUUUUGUUUUCCAGACCACUAAUAUAGUUGUCAAAGAACCUGAAGCCAAUAGAGUGUUGAUAGAUCUGCCAGUUAUUCGCAAUGCUGGAACACUUGGCAAUGUGACUAUUGAAUGGAUUGCUACCAUUGAUGGGCAAUUUGCUGCCAGUGAUUUGAAAGUCUUCUUAGGCAAUAUUCAAUUUUCCCCUGGGGAAACCAUGAAGAACUUGACAUUAGAGAUUCUGAAUGAUGAUGUUCCAGAAAUUGAAGAGAUUAUCAGAGUGGAAUUAAUUCAGGCUUCCAAUGGAGGUACUAUUGGACUAGAUAGAGUGGCAAAUAUUGUAAUUCCUGCCAAUGAUAACCCAUAUGGAACAGUAUCCUUUCAAGAAAACAUGUAUCAUAUUCAAGAGCCAUUGGAGAGAAGUUCAACCGCAAACAUAACAGUAAAAAGGAGCGGCGGAAGAUUUGGUCAGCUGAAGAUAUUUUACAGCACUUCAGAUAUUGAUUUCAUAACUCUUGCGCAAAAGCAAGGGCUGGAUGUAUUAUGCUAUUAUGAAGCACCUAUACAAGGAAUUCCAGAUGAGAGUCAUGUGACCAGAGUGAAUCUUUCACUAGCCAAUGAUUCUGUGUACACUUGUGCUAUUCUUUGUUUGAAAGAGCAGGCCUGCUCAGCUUUUUAUUUCUCUGGUAUUUCCGAAAUUCCAUCAUGUUUUUGGAUGGCAUCUUGGAGUAGCUCAAUAACCAACAACUCAGGAUUCUGGAUAUACAAGAAAAACCUUACCACCUUAACUGCUAUUUUCAGUACACAAGCAAUUGCUAAUAACGACUACGAGCCUGUUACCAGCCAGUGGGUGAUCAUGGAAGAAGGAGAAGAAUUUGCAAACCUCACAGUCUCCAUAUUACCUGAUGAUUUUCCGGAACUGGAUGAGAAGUUUGCCAUUUCUUUGUUACAAAUUAUGCUGAUAAAUGUCACUGCCAGCAUUGAAAAUCAGCCAGUCAUAGGGCAACCAAACACCUCUACAGUUGUAAUACUAAUGAAUGGGGAUGCUUUUGGUGUGUUUGUAAUUUAUAGCAUCAGUCCCCAUACAACUGAGAAUGGUCUUUAUGUGGAAGUAGAAGAAUGGCCUCAGAAUACUGUGCAGUUGAUGAUACAUAGAACAGAAGGUAGUCUGGGACAGGUGAUGGUGGAAUGGAGCAUUAGUGGUGGCACAGCUACCCCAAAUCUGGAUUUUAUAGGUGAUGGAGAAGUCCUGAUUUUUGCAGAAGGUGAGACAAAAAAGCCAGUCACUCUGACUAUUCUAGACGACUCUGACCCCGAAGAUGAUGAAAGCAUUCAGAUUACUUUGACCCACACUGAAGGUGGUAGCCGUAUUUUACUCAGUUCAGCCACUGUCACAGUGGUGAUUUUGGCCAAUGACAACGUAGCAGGAAUUCUUAGUUUUCAAACAUCCUCAAGAUCUGUAAUUGCUCAUGAAGGAGAGCUGUUACAAUUUCAUGUGCUGAGGACUGCGCCAGGAGCUGGCAAUGUAACUGUUGACUGGGAAAUUGUUGGCCAUAAUCUGGAACAAAACUUUGAAAAUAUUUCUGGCAUGCUCUGUUUUUUAGAGGGGGCACUAAAUGCAACACUUUAUGUAUACCUGCUGGAUGACCAGAUUCCUGAAGAAAAGAAAGAAUAUCAUAUAAUCCUGCAUAAUAUUAAAACUCAAGGCGUCACUUCUACUGGCAGUGCUAUUUUGGAUCAUCAAGGAUAUGAAGCAGUUUUGACAGUAGAGGCUAGUGAUGAACCAUAUGGCAUUCUGAAUUUUGCAUCUUCAUCUAGAACUGUAUUAGUCCAAGAGGAAAAUAAGACGAUUCAACUUUUCAUUAACAGAGAAUUUGGAUCUUUAGGUGUUGUCAAUGUAACCUAUACAACAAUUUCAGAAUUUCUUGGGGCAUUGGCUGAACCAGGAGUUGAUUAUAUACCUAUAUCAGGAUCAGUUCUUUUGAAAGAAGGUGUAACAACAGCCACCAUAAAUAUUACUAUUCUAGAGGAUGAUAUUCCAGAAAUGCAAGAAUAUUUUUUUAUUAAUCUAACAUCUGUGAAACUUGUCACAUAUCCUUUGACAUCUUUUCCUCCCAGACUUGAUAUGGAUGGUUUAACAGCACAGAUAAUUAUUGAUACUAAUGAUGGAGCAAGAGGAGUAAUAAGUUGGCAAAAUACAAGGUUUGAUGUAAAUGAAGUAAAUGUAAACUUAACAUUAGUGAUAUUCCGGGACCGAGGAUUGUAUGGUAAUGUGUCCUUAUUCUUGUAUGCUCAGAAUCUGGAAGCAUAUCAGGGACUGGACUUUAAUCUUUCUUCAAGGACUCUUUGUUUUGCUGAUGGAGAAAGAUAUAAAUAUAUUGAGGUUCAAAUUUUUGAUGAUGAGAUUCCUGAAAGAGAUGAGAGAUUCCAACUAAUUUUAACAAAUCCAUCUCUUGGAUUAGAAUUGGGAGAAAAUACAACAGCGACAAUUACUAUUCUGGCCAAUGAUGACGGUCAUGGAGUUUUGUCCUUCAACAAUAGUGAACAUUUUCUCCUAAGGGAACAGACAGCACUUCAUCUAAUGGAAAGUGUUGCAAUACUGAAUAUUAUCAGAGAACCUCCUCAAGGAAUAUUUGGAAAAGUGACUGUCCAAUACAUAGUGCAAGAGAUAAAUUCUUCUGAAGCAUCAGUAGAUUUGACUCCAUCACAGGGUUAUAUUGUUCUAGAAGAGGGAAUAAGAGUCAAGAAUCUGCAUAUUAGUGCCAUCCUGGAUACUGAACCAGAAAUGGAUGAACAUUUCAUCGUUACACUGUUCAAUCCAACUGGUGGAGCCAGAUUGGGUGCAAGAACAGAAACACUGAUCACAGUGUUGCAAAAUCAAGCCCCUUUGGGACUUUUCAAUAUCUUUCCAGUUACAGAAAGGACAAAUUCUGUUAUAGUUGAGGAAGCAAACACUACAGUUUAUUUGAAAAUAUCUCGGAGCAAUGGACUCAAUACAUCAGUGAGUGUGGAAUGGGAAACACGUCCUGAUUCUGCAUUUGGGAUAAAGGGUGGGUUAACUGUACUUGCCGUUUUACAAAGUUUUGAGGAAGAAUCAAUAUCUAGCUGGUGUUUCUUUAUGGAAGGAGACUUUUUAUAUGGUUUAUUGUUGAGAACAAAGCCAGCUGCAAAGUCUUCAAUAUAUCAGUGGCGUGGAGUUUUUGUUCCUGUUGAGGAAUUCAGUAUUGAGAAUCCUCAACAUUGUAUUGCAUUUCAAAUCAAUGGUUCCUCCUAUUUAAUAAUUACUCAUGGUGGAAUAAAAGAACAUAGACCUUCUAACAACACUGUGUUCUUGUUUACCUCUGGAUUUCAGCUGCUAGAGGUACAGUCUAUAGUGGUGCCAGCCACCAGUGAUAUAAAAUAUUUCAAUUUGAACCAAAGCCAUUAUUUGAUUAUUGCAAGUUGUAGACCAGAAUCCAAGUCUACCCAGAUUUUCCACUGGAAUAAUGGCAUCUUCAUAUUCCAUAAUCAACUCUCUGUGAAUGGAGUUUUGAGUCUGGAUCUUUUCCCUAGGGGAAGUACAACUUACCUAGUCAUUGUCCCUUGUGAAUCCACACAUACACCUCUUUUAUUCAAGUGGUCAGAUAAUGAUUUUAUAAGGUUUCAAGAAGUGCCAAUCAAUGGAAUAACACAAGUCCAAGCUAUCAUUUCUGGAUCUGACGUCUACCUAAUUUUUGCAAAAGGUACUCAUAUUUGAUAGAAUUACAUUAAUACAUGUGAAAUUUUUGUCUGGGAGACAGGGCAAUUUUCCUUCAGAUAUUUUCAGUCCAUUUCCGUCAGAGCAGUAAAUGCAAUCCAUACUUUUUCCCCACCUUCUGGUUUAGUGCAUGUGCUGUUUGCUAGCAAAGAUAAAUCAGAUCUGUAUUCCUGGAACUCCAAAAUGAAUCGGUUUUCUCCAAUGCUAGAAGCUCCUUCUGCCAAUCAUAUUUCCAGUUUCAAUGUAAAGUCUCUUAAUUCUAACAAAAGUUUCAUUGUUAUGACUGGAGAUUCCUAUUCCUAUGUUUACGAGCUAACUGCAAUUUCAAAUCAAUCAGAUUUUAUACCUAGUUCAGAUGAACUGAUAUUUGAACCAGGAGAUGAAGAAAUUGUGAUAGCAAUCAAUAUUUUUGAUGACACAGUCCCAGAGGAAGAAGAAUCUUUUAGAGUAUGGCUGAAAAAUCCAAAAGGUGGUGCAGAAAUAGGUCCUAAUGGUUAUGUGACCAUAGUGAUACCCUCUAAUGAUGAUGCUCAUGGAGUUGUUGCAUUUGCCCAGAAUUCUUUAUUUAAACAAGUAGAAGAAAUGGAACAGGAUACCUUGAUCACCUUGAACAUUGAGCGCUUAAUAAGUACAUUUGGACAAGUUAUAGUACACUGGGAAGCUAGCGGGAGUAUUCAUGACAUAUUUCCAACUUCAGGAGUGGUGGCAUUUUCAGAGGGUCAGGCUUUGUCAACAGUAACUUUAACAGUCCUUGCAGAUGUUAUUCCUGAAGCUUCAGAGACACUGAUUAUAACUCUCACUCAUAUUAGCACCGUGGGCAUUCAAGACCCCCAGAGAGGAGCCAUAAUUGAUAGAAGUCGAGCAAAAGCUAUGCUUACUAUUCUUCCCAAUGACACUCCCCUCGAUGUAGUGGGAUGGCACACAGAUUCUCUCUUUAACAAAGUAGCAGAGCCUGAAGGGAGAUCAACUACUAUUACUUUACAUAUUUUCAGAGAACAACCAUUUGUUGGUGAUAUUAAUAUACACAUAAUAUCCCACCCUAUCUUUUCACUCCCUCUUGUUAAUCAAGCCAUUGAAAAUGAAGAUUAUAGAUUGGAAAACAAGACAAUUAUUAUGACAGAGAAUAUAACAUUAAUUUCAGUUAAUGUAACCAUUUUACCAGAUAAUAUUCCAGAAUUACAAGAGGGGUUUUUAAUCAAUAUCAGUAGUGUGCAAUUAUUGGACUCUUCUCUUACUAGAGGGCAACAGAGUAUGAAGAAAUUUGGUUUAGAAAUAGCUGAGAUUUUAAUUGAAGAGAAUGAUAACCCCAGAGGAAUAUUUCAGUUCAAUAUUAGCAAGGAUAUGAACAGGACAGUGGCUGCUUAUGAAGUACCACCCCCAGACAAUAUUCUGAAGCUGUCCAUCAUUCGGAAAGCAGGAACAUUUGGAUCAAUAAAACUAGAUUGGGAAGCCACACCUGCCUCUGCUAGUCUGAAAGACUUUUUACCAUCAUUUGGAAAUCUUAUAUUUGCUGAUGGACAAGUUACGGGAGUGAUAGAGAUCACUAUCAUAGAUGAUGAUGAGGUUGAAUUUUUGGAAAUGUUCACUGUUACCUUACUUAGAGUGACAGGUGAUGCAAGAUUAGGUGAUGAUGUGCAGAUGAUAGUUACUAUUGCACCAAAUGAUUCUCCUGCUGGAGUUUUCAGCUUUGAAGAAAAGCAUGUAACAGUAAAAGAACCUCAGUCAAUACAUGACCCCACAGCAAAUGUCUUUCUCACUGUAAGUCGAAGUUCAGGAGGCCAAGGAGAAGUCCAAAUUCUUUGGAAACUUGAAGAGGCAGCUAGAUAUGAUCUCACUCCUCUCAGUGGUACUCUUUUCUUUUCUGAGAUGGAAUCUCAGAAAAACAUAAUUUUGCAUGCAAUUCAAGAUGAUGUUUUGGAAGGUGAUGAACAUUAUUCAAUUCAUCUGGUGUCUACUGAUAACACAGAAAUAUCACCUGUAAAUGGUAUAGCAACUAUUACUAUACUGGCAGAUCAAGGAGCUUCUGGAGUUGUUGGGAUAUCUUCACAAUCCACCCAUUUCCUGAUUGGGGAACCCGUAGGAAAAUAUAAUGGAACUGCUUUUAUUGGUCUAGUUCGUGGGCCAGGGAUCUUUGGAGAAAUCACAAUCUCCUGGGUUAUAACAUCACCUGAUCAAAAUGAAUUUGUUGAUGUAUCAGGAACUGUCACCAUGAGAGAUCAGCAGUCUGCUGCUGUUAUACUGAUUCAGGCUCUCGAUGAUGAUAUCCCAGAAGAAAAGCAAUACUAUCAGUUUCAGUUAACAGAUAUUAGCAAUGGCGGAAUCAUAGAUGAGGAGGCCAAAACAGCAAAUAUUACAAUGGCUGCUAGUGAUUUGCCAUAUGGACAAUUCACAUUUUCUCAAGAUGUACUGCAAACAACAGAAGAAGAAAAAUGGGCUAACAUCACAGUUGUCCGUUCUCAUGGAUUUUACAAACAAAUUCACCUUUUGUAUAAGACGUUGAAUGGGACUGCAGUAGAAGGCUCAGACUUUGGAGUGACUCCAGGAGAGCUUAUUUUCAAACCCACUGAAACUGUUAAAACUAUUUAUGUUGAAAUCUAUGAUGAUGAUCUUCCAGAAGGUCCUGAGGAUUUUUCAGUAGUAAUUACAAAAGUAGAAUUACUGGGAAGUGGAUUUGAUUUUACAAUAAAAGAAAAUGGAUUGCAAAUUGAUCAGUCACCUGAGAUAGGAAAUGCUUCAGUAAUAAGAAUCAUUAUAUCAAAAAGUGACAAUGCAGAAGGCAUCAUUGAAUUUGAUCCUUCCUAUGCAAGACUUGAAGUGGAAGAAGAUGUUGGUUGGAUAAUGAUUCCAGUAUUUCGAAGACUAGGAAGUUAUGGUUUUGUGACAGCAGAUUUCAUAUCUAGAAGUAUUUCAGCUCUUCCCGAUGGGAUUGAUUAUAGUAUUACAAAUAAUUCAGUUAUGUUUCAUCAUGGCCAAAUAGAGAGUUUUAUCAGCAUUUUAAUCAUAAAUGAUGAAGAAAGAGAAAAUGCUGAGCAAUUUGAAAUCCAGCUAAUAGGUGCCAGUGGGGGAGCGGUUCUGGGACCUCACCUGGUGACUCAAAUAACUAUUGCUAAGAGCGACUCUCCACAUGGGAUUGUCCGCUUCCUCAAUGAAAGCCAAAUCAUUCUUCCCAACCCUAAUGUCUCAUUAACACUGUCCUUGGUACUUGAAAGAGCUGGAGAAUUGAUAGGAGAGUCUCAGAUUAAUUGGGACAUUUUAGGACCUAAUUCAGAGGUAAUUUUACCUCCUCUGAAUGGUGACAUCGGUGACCCAGUAAAUGGAUCGUUCUAUUUUGCGGAAACAGAAGGUGGCUUGCGACAUAUCAACUUGAAAAUUUAUCCUCAUGAAGAAGUUGAAGUUCAAGAGAUCUUCAUUAUUAGGUUGCGUGUUAUGAAGGGAGAAACAGAACUAGAUCCCAAGGCUGCCAAUAUAACAAUAAAAAUUUUAAAGUUUGGUGAUCCCAAUGGGAUAGUGCAGUUUCUUCCUGAAUCCUUAUCUCCAAAGAUUUUUGAGGAACCAUCAGCAUCUGAAGGUCCAUUGAAUAUUGUGCUUUUCAUAAAGCGAAUUCAAGGCAUUAUGGGGAAUAUCACGAUUUACUGGAAAUUAAGUAGUGAUUCUGAUACUACCAAUGAUUUCACAACUGCGAGCGGUUCUGUUGUGAUUCCUGAUCUACAAAGGACUUCAGAAAUUGUGAUUUCCUUGUUGCCUGAUGAUAUUCCUGAAAUAGAUGAGCAUUAUGAGGUGCAGCUGACUUCAGUGGAAGGAGGAGCUGAUUUGGAUCUGGAGAAAAGCAUUUCUAGAUUCAUGGUGGUUGCAAAUGAUGACCCAUAUGGAGUAUUUGUUCUGUAUGGUGAAAAACAGUCAGUACUAGUAGAGAAAGAUCUCAGCCGACAUAUCCAGAUUAAUAUUUCUCGGCAUGCAGGAACUUUUGCAGAUGUAAUUGUAGAGUACCAAAUUUCAUGUUCCAAUGAAGAAAAAGUAGUCACACCAGCCAACAGAGUGGGAAAGCUACAUGUUAAAGCAGGCUCCAGUUAUGGAUUGAAAACAGUGCCAAUAUACACCCAGGUAUUUAUUUCCCCUGACAUGAAUUUGACCUUGGAACUGAUCAAUGUAACCUUAGCUAAUAUUAGUGCCAAUAUUGCGCCUAAAAUAUUAGAGACAGCCAGGUUGGUCUGUUUUCCAAUUCCCAAAGAAGCUGCCAAUUCUCAGGUUGCCUUUGAUUCUAUUAUCUUGAGACUUAUAAAUAUUACAGCAGGAACAACUAAAGCUCUUAUAACUCGUAAAGGAACAUAUGGCUCCAUUGUAGUAUCUUGGAAUUCUGGAUAUCCACCGGGGCUUAUUCCGCUGUACCUUCACCAAGGCAGUAUUAUACCAGCCUCUGGCACAGUUAUUUUUUCUCAUGGUGAACAAAACAAAACAGUUUUAUUGCAAGUUAUUCCAAAUGCAAAUAGUCCUGAGGUGUUUGCUGUACAUCUGGCCGCUGUGCAGAGUAAUGCAUCUGGUGGGGCUUGUCUAAGAUCAGAUUUCAUUAUUGCUGAGAUUGAGCCAAUGGGAGUCUUUCAAUUUUCUCCUAGCUCAAGGAACAUUUUAGUGAGGGAAGAUGUGCAAACAGUCAAAUUAAAUGUACAAAGACUUUUUGGCUACCAAAGCAACCUCACAACAGUGUUCUAUCAGACCACUGCAGGAAGUGCCAAAUCACUAGAAGACUUUGAACCUGCUCAUGAUGUAGAACUUAUUUUUGGAUUCCUUGACACUAACAUGGUAUUGGAAAUCUUGGUAAUUGAUGACAGCAUUUCAGAGGGGGAAGAAUUUUUUUUUGUGAAUUUAACAUCUGUGAAUGUUUUAGAUGUUCAGGACCUUAAUCCAGCUUGGAAUCCACGUCUGAAUCCAGAAUUUAGCAUUGCAUCAGUUACUCUAUUGGCCAGUGAUAUCCAUUAUGGAAUUUUAAGUCUUGGACCAACUAUUAUUUACACUGAAGAAGACAGCAAUAACAUUGCUUCCAACACUAUUCUAAUUCAUAUCAGAAGGUCUCAGGGAUCUGUGGGAAAUGUCUCUGUAAAUAUAAAAACGUUUGGUGCAACAAAUGCUCAAAGCGGAGCAGAUACAUUUCCUUUUGAAAUUGUCCCUGUGGUUUCUAAUCUUACCUGGGCAAUCGAAGGGGCAGACUUUGAAGAGAUGGCUCUGUCUGUCACGUUAUUGGAUGGAGAACGUGAAAGAGAAGUAUCUAUCAAAAUUCUUGAUGACGACGAACCUGAAGGGGAAGAAUUUUUUUAUGUUGUUCUUUCUGAACCUCAAGAUGGAGCUCAGAUUACAGAAAGCAUGGAUGAAUAUGGAUUUAAAGGUUUUACCACAAUAAUUAUCAAAGGAAAUGAUCUUCAGAAUGGAAUACUGGGAUUCAGUGAAGAAACCCAACAUGGUCUUGUGCUUGAUGAAGAUUCAGAAAAGAGGAAAGUGGAACUCUUUGUCAUCCGACAGCCAAACAGGGCUUUUGAAGAUGUGAAAGUGUCUUGGCGUGUGACUUUUAAUCAAACAUCAGUUGUCCUGCAGAAUAAUGGCACCAAUCUGGCAAAUGAACUGAUAGCUGUUACAGGGGUUACUACUUGUAAUGCUGGCCAAAUACAGUGCAUAGUUUCUAUUGAGAUUCAGUCUGAUAAUGUGGCUGAAUCUGAGAUCUGCUUUUUUGCUGAACUCUAUGACGUGGGGGAAGGAGCAGCUUUAAACGAGAGUGCCAGAUUUGCACACAUUAUAAUUCCGGAGAGUGAUUCUGUGCAGAAGGAUCUCAUCUACUUUGCUGUGGGGUCUCGUCUAGCUGUGGCCCAUAUGAAAGCCACUUCAAUUCGACUCCAAGUGGUUAGAGAUUCUGGUACAGCAUUUGCUAUCUCAGUUGACUACAGAACUCAGGAGCUGUUGAGACCUGAACCUUUUGGUCGUGUAAUCAUAUCUCCUGCCAUUUCCGGACAAGAUUUUAUUGCAUCUGAAGGAACAUUGUCUUUUGAAUCUGGACAGAGAAGUGCUCUACUAAGUAUAGUACUCAUCCCAAAGAGUGGAUAUCUGAAUUUAUUUCCUAAGCGCUUCCACGUUAUGCUGUUCAAUCCUAUAGGUGGUGGCAGAAUUGAUAGCAUCUAUGGUAUUGCCAACAUCACCGUUGUCUCUGAUUCAAACUCCCAAGCAAUCUGGAGUCUGACUGAUCAGUUGUUUCAACCACUUGAUGAUAUUAUUUUGAAUCCAAUCCUCCAGCAUUUAAAUAUCCAAGUAGUCACAGAAAAUACAGAAGAGCAACUUGCUGCUGUGAUGUAUAUCAUAGAUAAGGUAAUAUCUGAAGGAGAAAUACAGGCACUCACUGAUCAAAACAGAAAUCUUUUGUAUGAAAUCCUCUGUGCACUAGCUAAUCCCAAACGUAAGGAUACUCGAGGCUAUAGCUUCCUUGCCGAUAUUACUGAGAAAUUUGCUUUUUCUCUACCUGUUGGUGAAAAGUGUGGCUCACAGGGUGAAAGAGGUAAAACCAUCCUUGACCAUUGCCCUUAUAUUGUAAUUACAUCCCAUCACUGGUAUCCACAACAAAUCAAUGGGCAUAGAUUUGAUGGAAAAGAUGGGGAUUUCAUUAGAGUUCCUGACCACUUAUUGGAAGUUUCUGCUUCAUCCCAUUCUAAUGAUGCAACCUGUAGGUUCAUUCAAGUCACUGAAUACAGUAGCCAACAAUGGUUUACAGCAGAUGGUAGAGGAAUUGCCCUAAAAAAUAAGGUUUUUUCAAUGAGCGUGAAGGGACAGAGUCCAGUUCAGCUAAAAGAUAAUAAUCAGGUCAUCUAUCGGAUUUAUUCAACAGACAGUCAUAUAAUUCCUCAUAAGUCUUUGUGUCUUCUUUGGAAUCAGAUUGCUGAAAGUUGGCUGUCUAAUACUCAAUUCUGUAAGCUGAUGGAAGAUUCCUCCGAUUACGUGGAAUGCUCUUGUUCACACAUGUCAGUUUAUGCAGCUAGGGCACAGACAGACAGCUUCUCUUCUUACAAUGAAGCUUUCUUUUCUUCUGGUUUCAUCUGUAUUUCUGGCUUCAUCUUGGCUAUAUUUUCAUAUUUCUUAUGUACCAGAACAUCAAUGUUUGCUGCUAAACUCCUCACUCAUAUGAUGGUUGCCUGCUUGGGUACUCAGAUAUCAUUUCUGGCUUCAGCUUACACAAGUCAGCAGCUCUCUGAAGAAAGUUGCUCUGCUUUGGGUUCAGUUACCCACUAUCUUUACCUUUGUCAGUUCAGCUGGAUGCUUAUUCAGGCUGUUAAUUUUUGGUAUAUCCUGGUGAUGAACGAUGAACACACAGAACGGCGUUAUCUAAUUUUUUUUCUUUUGGGUUGGGGUCUUCCAGCCCUUAUUGUUAUACUAUUACUAAUUAUCAUGCGAGGAAUCUAUCAUCAUAACUUACCACAGAUUUAUGGCCUGAUUCAUAAUGACCUAUGCUUCAUUCCAAAUAUUUACGGAGCCCUUUUUACUGCUGCCCUGGUACCACUAGUAUGCCUGGUGGUAGUAUUUGUGGUGUUCAUCCAUGUUUAUCAAGUGACACCCCAGUGGAAAGCUUAUGAUGAUGUAUUUAGAGGAAGAACCAAUGCAGCAGAGAUCCCAUUGGUUUUGUACUUAUUUGCGCUCAUUUCCAUGACAUGGCUAUGGGGAGGACUGCACAUGGCUUACAGGCAUCUGUGGAUGCUGGUCUUCUUUGUCAUUUUCAACAGCCUACAAGGUCUUUAUGUCUUUGUUGUAUAUUUCAUUUUACAUAACCAACUUUGCUGUCCCGUGAAAGCCAGCUAUACAGUUGAAAUGAAUGGAAAUACUAGCUCGGGUUCUACAUUUUUCACUCAUGGAAGUGGCAUGCCUUUGGCAGGGGAAGAGAUCAGCAAAUCUACUCAAAAUCUUAUUGCUGCUAUGGAAGAGAUGCCAGCAGACUGGGAGAGGGCAUCCCCAAGAACAGGCACCGAGGCCAGGACUGUCUUUAAGCAAAGCCCACAGAAUGGCAGUGCCUACAUAGCUGCUGGAGAAUUUAGGAACAGUUCUUUGAUGGCAGAUGAAGAAUCACAAGAGUUUGAUGAUUUAAUAUUUGCUUUAAAAACUGGUGCUGGCCUCAACAUCAGUGAUACUGAGUCAUGUCAUGGCAGCCUGGAUGGAAGUACAAUAGCUAAUUCCCAAAUUGUUGAACUUAGAAGAAUACCUAUAGCAGACACUCAUCUCUAAUCCUUUCCUUUUUUUAACAUGCUGUACUGCAUUCUGCUUUUUAUACAUGUGUUUUAUUUGAACAACAGCAACAACAAAAUAUCAUUACAUAUAGCUC